UUGUGACGCCCAAACCUGGGGAAUUGGUGUACCGCCUACAAACCGUAUAAAAAUGAGAGGAACAGCGCUCAUCUUCUUUGUUCUUCUUAUCUUGAAGAAUCCACUGUUUAUCGAACUCUAAACAGAAAUCAUCCACUUAGAAUGCGCAUCCUUUCGAGGCCACCGUGCCUCUCAUCAUAUUCUGCUCCUUCUCGAUCUCAAUCACUCGCCAGACACAACUUCCAUUUCUCAAUUUCAACUUAUUCUACUUCUACAUCAUGUUCAUCAUCAUCGUCUUCCUUUAGUUUCUUUAGCUUUAGACCCUUCAAUAAGCGGUUUCAUUUCAUUAACCCACCUCGUUCUUCCCUCAAACAAACCAAAAAACAGCAACGAACCCUUCAAACUAAUGCCCCACCACCACAAAGCAGCAUCAGAAGACUCUUGAACUUGAACGAUAAUCCUAAAGACGAUGGUGGUGGCGGAAAUGAUGAUGAUGAUGAUGAUGAUGAUCAGAACGAGACUGCGAUUAAGGGGACAAUUUUAGCUGGUUUGUUGCUGGUGGGUGUUGUUGGUGGGUUUGGUACUGUUGGGUACAUCUAUAGAGACCAGAUCAAUGCUUUUCUGAUUCAGUUUUCUAGCUUCAUUGAAGGAUAUGGCCCUGCUGGAUAUGCACUUUUUGUUGCAGUUUAUGCUGGCUUGGAGGUACUUGCAAUCCCCGCGAUCCCACUGACAAUGUCAGCGGGUCUUCUUUUUGGGUCAUAUACAGGCACAAUUCUUGUCUCCAUAAGUGGAACUGUGGCUGCAAGUGUUGCAUUUCUAAUUGCUAGAUAUUUUGCUCGUGAUCGGAUACUUAAAAUGGUUGAAGGCAAUAAAAAAUUCCUUGCAAUCGAUAAAGCAAUUGGAGAAAAUGGUUUUAGAGUUGUCACACUUCUUCGUUUGAGCCCUUUGCUCCCGUUUUCUCUUGGAAAUUACUUAUAUGGCCUUACAUCAGUCAAGUUUGUCCCAUAUGUUUUGGGAAGUUGGCUGGGGAUGCUACCAGGAACAUGGGCUUACGUUAGUGCAGGUGCAUUUGGUCGAGCAAUCAUUCAAGAAGAAUCGGAUUUGGGUUUGGCAGGGGGAAGUAAUCAGCUUUUGACUCUAGGUGCCGGAUUACUUGCAACUGCCCUCGCUGCAACCUACGUCACACGUUUAGCCAAGGAUGCUAUGAAAGACAUUGAUGACUAAGAUCUUGGCUUGUAUCAGACUGUAUAAGUACUAAGUAGUAUCAAUACCAGUAUUGUAAAUCCAGAAAGGCCACUUGUUGAAGUAAAUUGUAAAUUUUUAAUGGCUUUAAGCAAAACUUUAUAUCCGGUCAUUGCAUUAGGUUACGUUUGUUACAUGAACAACAUGACACGGAGAGGCUAUCUUUGAAUAUGCUGAUGAAUGAGGGCAUUCAAGUCUUUUGCACACAUGUGAAUCUAGAGAAACUCCCUUGUCCCAAUUUCUUAUAAAAAGUUGCAGUUUUUUAUCA